AUGGGAAACAAAAAGGCUUCCCGCCCGCCGACGUCGAAAACUUCCUCCGCAUCAGCCCCCGCGGCAUCAGGUGCGACAGUCGCCGGCAACAAGUCUUCUGUGUUGCGGGCUGCGUUUUCACCAUCUGAAUAUCAAUUGGCUCUCUUCGCAUCAGUUAUCCAAGGCCUUGAUGCGCAGCAUCUCCGCAUUCACGACAUCAACACUGGACGUUUGCAGUGCGAACAUGCGGUGGCUCCCAAGGAAGCCAUAACGUCGCUGGACUGGGGCUAUUACUACAGUGACCGAUCGAGAGAACGUGAACAGCAGUCGAAGAAGAAGCGGAAGAGAAACUCCGGCGUCAAUGGCGCACUUGAUGGUGCUGACGGUGGUGAUGUUGUUGUCGCCUUUGGCACUACGACGUCAGAGAUUCGCAUGUACUCCCCGAUAGAGGACAAGGUGAUUGCUACUCUAUCAGGUGGACAUGAUGGAGGAAUCAAGGAUUUCAAGUUCACGGCGGGACGGACAUCGGCCGAGGGAUGGAGUAUUGGAGGAGAUAACAAACUUGUUCAAUGGGAUCUGCGGACCGGGCGCAGUAUCAGGACGGUACAUCUACCUACGACCUCAGUUGUCACAGCACUCUCCAGACCAACUCCCUCCAAUCCUCCAGUCAUAUGUGCAACACAGACACCUUACAUUAUAGAUGUUGAGAAGUCAGACGAACCACCGCUAUCAUUUCCGGCAAUGCGGAACCCAAUUCACACCCUCAUUUCGUCUUCUACGGACUCUGUUAUGGCCGGCCAUUUCCUCGCGUCGGACGCCGACCGUUACGUCAAUAUCUUUGAUCCAAGCAAAAAAGGGCUGGUGAUGAAUUUGGUGGCAGAGAAGGAAGUGUCUUCACUAUCUCUAUAUGCUGGGAAACAGUCCGACAAAAACGCCGUUCCUCUCGAUAAGCAAAUUCUUGCUGUUGUAGUGGAAGACGGUACCAUUGAGCUCUUCACAAAACCAUUCUUGCGGCUCGGCGAGUCCGAGGGUUCAAAAACUACCAGCCUCAAGGCUAAGGCAAGGCAAAUGACUCGGAAAGCAGAUGCCCAUCUCAAGAUCGUUCGACCAGAGUCCGGGAAGCUUGUGUCAGUAGUAAAAACUGAAUUCCAAGGACCAGAACUUCUCAUUGCAUGGGCUGAAGGAGGUGUCAAUGUGAUCUUCGAGCGGGUGAGAUGGCAGGACGAAGAUACAGAGGAGCUUGCAUUUUUGGGGACUAAGGAAGUUACGGCGCGCAAAUCUGCGUCUGUGCUAGGCUCUGCGACCGUAAAUGAGGCUCGAGAAGUUGGUCAGACUCAAGUCGAUGAGACCAAUGCCGUGAUUGACACAGGACGUUUUGCUGAUGAUGUUGAAAUGAAUGAUUCACGAGAUGAUGCCGUUUCAAUAUCCGGUGAGGAGGAGGAAGCAUCGGACGAGGAGGCCGAGUCUCGUGAGAGCAAGAAAGUGAGCGAGAAACGGCAGGUAGCUCAGUCGAAAGGCUCUACAGAUAAGGAUGUAGAGAUGCAAGAUGCUGGCGCCUCCGAAGCUGAAGAGGAGGGUGAUGAAGGAGCGGAACCUUCUUUUGGCGAAUUGCUUCGCGCCAAUGCUACUGAGGCCAUAGAUGUCGAGGCAGAACUGGAAGAUGACGCUGGUGCCGGACCCCUAGUGCCUGGCAAGGCCAACACUGUUUCCCAGAUUCCAUCUGGCGUCUCGCUUUCGACGGUUCUUACACAAGCCCUCAAGACUAACGACAACGAGAUGUUGGAGUCAUGUUUCCAUACGGGAGACCUGAACAUCAUCCGCACAACUAUCCAGCGCCUCGACUCGUCUUUGGCGGCGACACUGCUGCAGAGACUCGCCGAACGUCUCGCCGCCCGGCCUGGCCGCUACGGGCACCUCCUUGUCUGGGUGCAGUGGACGUGUAUCGCUCAUGGAGGGGCGAUUGCAGGGAAGGCUGAUAUCCUGAAACGGAUGUCUGCUCUCUACAAGGUCAUGGACCAGCGCUCUUCGAGCCUACCAUCCCUCCUCCUGCUCAAGGGCAAGCUCGAUAUGCUGGAUGCACAGCUCAACCUGAGACAGUCCACGGCGAAUCGUGGCGCGGACGGCAUGGACAGCGAGGACGACGAAGACAUCAUCUACGUUGAAGGCCAGGAUGAUGACAGUGAGGCGGAGGGACGCAAGGCAUCUACAAUCACGCCCCGCACCAAAUCGAUGCGCGACACUCACGGCAUGCUCACUGAUGAAAACGAGGCCGAUGCGAUUCCCAACGGCAUCGGGUCAGGUCCCGAGUCCGACAACGAAGAUGAGGAAGGUAGCGAAGACGAGGCCGAAGACGACGAGAACCUGGUGGACAUCGAAGCCGAGGAGUCCGUCGGCUCGUCGGACGCGGAGGAGUCGCUUGAAGAAAACGAAGACGAUGAUGAAGAGGAUGAAGAGUCGGACGAAGGCAGCGCCGGCUCCCUGGUUGAUUUCAUCGCCGACUCGGAAGAGGAGCUGUCUGAAGCGGAUGAUGAUGAUGGUGCGACGAAGUCCCCUCCACCAUCGAAGAAGGCAAAAUUGAGUGGUAAAGGAAAUAAAGCAUCUGGUAGACGAUAG